UGGGGAUGCGGCGCUUCGGAGGCACGAGGCAAGGGCUGAGGGGCUCGAGCAUCUGGCGGGGGCGGGAGAGCGGCCCCUCCCCCCCUCAGGGUCACGUGGAGGGGGAGGGGGGUCGGUUGGGGAGGCUGCCAUGGAGCACCGGGGGCUGGCCCCCCGACCAGUGCAGCCGGCUGACCGGUCAGCUCGCGUCCGGCACCGGAGGACCAAGCGGGAGCGGAACCAGGCAAGGGCCGCCAGAGGCCCUGGUGCUGGGGGCCUGCAGGCCCCCCGGGCUCGGCCUCGGUGCUCGCUGACCCACAGGGACCCGGCUCUGUGCCCCCUUGCGCCCCAGCCCGUAGUCAUCACCCAGGGCCGGCUGAGCCGGCCACACCGGGGCCUCCUGGGCAACGAGGUGAAGUCCCUGAAUGUGGACCGGCUGCUGAGUGGCCUGGCUGAGGAGGCGAGCAGCCCCCCGCCUGGGGAGGCUCCAGACCCCGCUCCCGCCUCGGCAGCGCCGACCCCCCAGCCGCAGCCCCCCGCCUGGGAAGAGGAGCCCACCCCACUACCACCCAGUGGCAAAGAGAAUGAAGCUCCCGGGGCACCCACCCCAGGACCCCCCAGCCCUCGAACACUGUUGGAGGAGCUUCAAGUUCAACUGCAUCUCCCUGGGGCCUUUCCCAGGCGCAGUCUGGUCCAGGAGGCCCGAGCUGAGAUCAUUGGGGCCCUGCUGGCCCAGUACGGGGAGCUGCCUGACCUCAGCCAGGUCCUUAGGGGCCUGAGGGAACAGAGACCAGAGUCAGAGCCUGGGAGCCUAGAGGAGUGGAGAAUGGUGCCCCGUGGUCGAGAGCCCCCUGAUCAGCAGGCCCUGGCAGAGAACAGGAGGAGGAGGAGGAGGAAGGGAAAAUGGGAACUUGUAUUUACCUUGGGAGCCACCCCAAGCCCACCUUCCACCGAGAAGAGUCUGGUGCUGCCCCCGGACCCGUGGGUGCCCUCACCCUCACCCCCUCCCCCGCCCCUUGGACCUGAGCGUGGAGAGACGACCUGGGGCCCCCAGACUUCAUUUGAUGUCUUGAAGAGCAUCUGGCUGCCUGCCACCCCACCUACAUGUGCCCCCCCCUGGCAGUGGGGGGCUGGGGGGGCUGCCCACCCACCUGCUUGCUUCCCCAACUCUGAGGCCCUGGACUGGAGCCCCAGCCCCCCAGCCCCAAUGCCUGGACUGCCCUGGUUUGUGUCCAGGAGCAGCCCAGAGCCCUGGACCUUCCCCCGAAUGCGACUCUACUGAA